AUGGCCGACGACAUAACGUGGAAUGGUGCCGGGCUCGCCGGCGGAGCGCCCCUCUGGAUCAUCGUGGGCGUUAUUGUCCUGAUCGCCGGAAUGGUAGGCGGUUUUAUGGUGUUCAAAGAGUUCAAGUGGGCAAAGGCGACAAUGCCCAUCAACGAGCACCCCCGGUGGUGGCAUACGUGGAGCGCCCGAAAAUGGCAGCGCCGGAAUCAGCCAAGAGACAUCGAGGCUAACAAUACUACCGCUGAAACCAUCUCGACCAGGAUAAACGAGAUCCUGGGGCCGCCGCCGCCGCAGCCACGGCCGCCCGCAGCCACAUACUCGUCGACAAACCGCCAGCCAACAGCUCAAGACUACCGUGAUGCCGAUGACCAGGAAUGGCAACAGCGUCGCCUACAGCGACGACAGCAGCGACAACAGCAGGAACAGGAAGACCAGCAGCGAAAACUGCGGCAGCAGCAGGAACUGGAUCAUCAACAGAGAGUGCAGCGAAAGCAGCAAGAACAGGAGCAGAAACAGCGACAGCAGCGAAAGCAGCAGGAACAGGAACGGCAACAGCGACAGCAGCAGCCGCCGCCGUCACCGCAACAGCAGCAGCAACAGAGGCAGCCAGCCACAUACUCGUCGUCAUACCGCCCGCCCACAUACCGCCCGCCAACAGUCGAAGAGUGCUACGAUGCCGAUGACCAGCCGCCGGCCUCAAAGGAGACUGACAAUGUCAGCGUAACCCCGUCGAGCAGAUCAAACCGGGACAAGGCAGACAGCGGUCGAGAGCGUACACGCGAUGACAAGCGUGACCGCCCAUCUGAGAGAAGCAGAAGCAGAAGCAGCAGGCACAGCGGCAGGCACAGGGACAGACACAACGACAGGCACGGCGACAGGCACGGCGAUAGACACGGCGAUAGACACCGGGACAGGCACGGUGACAAGCAUCGGGGCAAGCACGAUGAAAAACGCAGGGAGAAGAAGGACGACGAGAAGCGCAGCAAGGACGACAAAGAGCGCGACAGGGAGAGAGAGAAGCGCCGAGAGAAGCGCAGGGAGGAGGACAAGGACAGCCAUCGCUCCGGAUCCAAGCACGGCGACAAGCGCAGCGAAAAGGACAAAAACAGCGACGGGCGCAAGGACAAGGGCAAGGAUGAAGACAGCGACAAGCGCAGCGACAAGCGCAGCGACAAGCACCGCUCCGGUUCCAAGCACUCGGUCCAUAAGCAGAGGUUGAGUCUCUUGGACCUCUUCGACAUCUGA